AUGGGUCACGAAGAUGCUGUCUACCUGGCCAAGCUGGCCGAGCAGGCCGAGCGCUACGAAGAGAUGGUCGAGAACAUGAAGGUCGUUGCCGCCGCCGGUGUCGAGCUCACCGUCGAGGAGCGGAAUCUCCUCUCCGUCGCCUACAAGAACGUCAUCGGUGCUCGUCGCGCGUCCUGGAGAAUCGUCACCUCGAUCGAGCAAAAAGAGGAGUCCAAGGGCAAUGAGUCUCAGGUCUCCCUCAUCAAGGAGUACCGUCAAAAGAUCGAGGCCGAGCUCGCCAAGAUCUGCGAUGACAUCCUCGAGGUUCUUGACAAGCACCUGAUCCCCUCGGCCCAGAGCGGCGAGUCCAAGGUCUUCUACCACAAGAUGAAGGGUGACUACCACCGUUAUCUGGCCGAGUUCGCCAUCGGCGACCGCCGUAAGGGUGCUGCCGAUGCCUCCCUCGAGGCCUACAAAGCCGCGACCGAAGUCGCCCAGACCGACCUUGCCCCCACCCACCCCAUCCGCCUGGGUCUGGCCCUGAACUUCUCCGUCUUCUACUACGAGAUCCUCAACGCUCCCGAUCAGGCUUGCCACCUCGCCAAGCUGGCCUUUGAUGAUGCCAUCGCUGAGCUCGACACUCUGAGCGAGGAGAGCUACAAGGACUCCACCCUGAUCAUGCAGCUCCUCAGAGACAACCUGACCCUCUGGACCUCGUCGGAGGCUGAGCCGGCUGCCGAGUCCAGCGCCCCGGCCGCCGAGAAGAAGGAGGAGGCCCCGGCUGCUGAGGCCGACAAGCCCGCCGCCGAGUAA